UAAAAGAGAAAGAAGGAAGUAGGAUUUUGAAGACAUUUCUGAGUUGUCGCUUGGCUUAAUUUCAAACACCGACAGUUCACCUAUAAGAUUGUAUUAGAAGAAGUUUGUAUUUUUGAACGAAUGGCGUUUCUUUAGCAGGGUUGAAAAUUAACAUGAGAACCAUGGUCGCUAGCGGGGAUAGUCGUAUUCUCGCGGUAUGACUUUGUUAAAGCUGUAUACCAUUAUGGCAGUCACUGCGGUGAUAUUUUUCACAAGUCGCGACGUUGCUGAAGGAGCACACUUGGACAUGCGCCUCAUGGUUUCUAACAGUUCGAUGAACCAACCGGUGAUCUUUUCGUGUGCCCUAAUUAAAGGGUAUCCUGGUAGUCGUGAUAUGAACAUGUCCUUCUACUUUGGUCGAGUCCAUGGAGAGCGCACGCUGUAUGGAAACGUAGACCGGGAGCGCCAUAAUUGUUCCACAGAGAUGCACAUGCCUGGUUACAGUAUACUCUGUGGACGGGGUUCGAGAGGCCGUUACGAUAGGAACGAGACGAAAUAUAUCUUUGUGAUACAUUCACUACAAAAACAGGAUCUGCAAUCGCCCUGGUUUUGCUGCUUGUAUAAUUGUUAUUUGAACAGUGGCGAAGUUUACGUACAACUGGCCAAGAAAUGCAUGGUUCACUGUCUGCAUGGUGGCACUCCUUCCAAAACGAAACGCUGCGCAUGUGAUUGUCCAGACUACUGGACUGGAUACAAGUGUCAAAAGUGCAGCUUAAAAUCCUGCGCAAAUAAAGGUCGUCUGAAACGUUCGGUUUGCUCGUGUGUUUGUCCUGAUCACUGGACCGGAAUUACGUGCGAGAACUGUGAAUUACAGUGUGGGGAUGGAUACAACUUUCGAAACAGUACUUGCUUGUGUGAAAAGGAAAAUGUGGAUGAUGGUGGUUUAAAUAUAGGUGUAAUAGCAGGGAUCGUGAUUGGUCUGAUAUUGCUUCUUCUUAUUAUUGUGACUUGCAUAAUACUGUGCAAGAGGAGACAAAGAAAAGCUAAGGAAGCUAAGGAAGCUGAGGAAACUGAGGAAACUUAUAAAACGGAAACUAUGGAAUCUACGAAUAAGGAAACUAAGUACACUAAGAACCAUAAACGCCCUAAGCGCACUAAGCACGCUAGGCAGGCUAAGCACGCUAAGCACCACUAAGCACACUAAGGGCACUAAGCACCACUAAGCCAAAAUAAGAUGUGCAGAGGUACGUAUCGGAUGACCAAAGUGAAAAUGGAAGUGCAUGAUAACCCCGCCAUGUGGAUCUGGGACCAGACCACUGAAGACAGAGGAACUAUAAUAUGCCUUCGACUUACUUACGUGUAAAGUGACACACCCUUGUUGUUAAACACUGUGACACAUUGUUUUCACUAUUAGAGCCACUUUCGACAUUAGAAAUCGGAUACAACUUAGAUUUUAAUGUUUAAAUCUGUAAGUCUGUUCGCCCAUUGGGCUAUUUGUCGUUCCGGCUAGUGCACCACGAUUGGUAUAUCGAAGGCCGUGGUAUGUGUUAUCCUGUCUGUGGGACUAAA